AUGAAACUUUGUUUGUUUGAUUUUAGUGCAUGUAGUAUAUGUCCAAAAAUCAAAAUGCCUGGUACACGUUGUGCUGUGUAUGGUUGUGGUAAUACCUAUAAAACAAGGCAACAAGAACAUGAAUAUUUUAUAUUUCAUCGGUUUCCCAAAGCUAAAGAUCUUGUUUCCCAAACUAUGAGAAAAGAAUGGAUAUUACGAUGCAAACGGGAAGAUAAAUUUAACCCUGAUACUAGCUACAUCUGCUCAGUUCAUUUCACAGAAAAGGAUUAUGAAAGAGACUUACAGAAUGAAUUAUUAGGUUUACCACUACGAAAAAUAUUGAAAAAAACCGCUGUUCCUACUUUGGGAUUGUAUUCAAAAAAAUCAACAAGUGAAGCUAGUAGUUCAAGCAUCAGUUCCAGAGAAGAAAGACUGGCCAAACGAAAUGCAAAGGAGGAAGUGAACAAACUUUUAAAAGUAGCCACGUUAACAGCUCCUAUUAAUACUUUUUCUGAUGAUACCGAAGACCAUAAUCCUAAAUCUUUUGGAAGUAUUCAGUUUGAAGAGCAUGUACCAGAGCCUUCCACUUCAUCAACCCCCAACUUUGUCCCAGAAAACUAUGAUUAUAAGGCUUUGUACAAUGAGUCUGUAGAGAAAUAUGAAAAGUUAGAAAGACAGUAUGCUCUUUUAAAAUCCAGAAGUAAUAUAAAAAGCACAAAUAUCAAAAAACUUAAUGAACAAUUGAAAUAUUUCAAAAAUAAAUGCUAUAAAUCUAGUCCCAAGGUAACAUCUCUGUUUCAGAGAAAUGAAGCUGCGUCUGCUAUACUUAGAACUGUUCUUACUCAAAACCAAAUUGAUUUAUUGUUAAAAAAAAAGAAAAGAGUCAACUGGACAAGAGAAGAAAUUGCAACAGCCUUUACGCUAAGAUACUACAGCAAGAAGUCAUAUUUAUUUUUAAGAAAUAAGUUGCAUUACUCGUUACCUGGUCUUUCAUCAUUAAGAAGGUGGGCUUCCCAACUAAACCUUAAUCAGGGUAUUUUGAAAGAUGUUUUAUUUCUGCUGAAACUAGCCGGAGAGUCAUUUUCUGAUUUUGAAAGGACAGUAGUUUUACACUACGAUGAAGUGAAGGUCAAGAAAACUGAAGAAUAUAAUAUUGCUCAAGAUGAAGUGCUAGGACCACAUAAUUAUAUGCAAGUAGUCAUGGCUAGAGGGCUCUUUUCAAACUGGAAACAACCAAUUUAUAUAGGUUUCGAUCAAAAAAUGACCAAAUCUCUUUUAAUGGAUAUUAUAACUGAACUGCAUAAAAUAAAUUUCAAUGUAGUGGCAUGUGUGAGCGAUUGUGGUGCAAGUAAUGUGGGAUUAUGGAAACAGUUAAAUAUCGAUAUUAAUCAGACAUCUUUUAAGCAUCCUGUUAGUGGUAAGAAUGUGUAUGUUUGCCGAUGCACCUCACCUGCUAAAACUAUUACGCAACUGGCUACUUGA